UUUUGUCCACCGUUGAAGUGGGGUUGCCUCGGUAGGGGGCUAGUUUAGGCAUAGCUUUCCAACUACCUGCUGCAUCUUCGCCGCUUUUUUGUCAUUUACUGUGUAUACAUCUCACAAACACGCUGUGCAAACCGACUCCCUUCCGUUUCUCUACAGUCUGCCCAGCUGCAGCUGAAGAGAUACACCGCAGACACAAAGCAUGCUAGGCAAGCUCGCCUGGGAGGCAUUUAGCCUCUCAUACGGCCUGUUCAACUACACUCUGCUUGUCGCAUUCGCUACUCUUCGUGACGGCGUGCUGUUCAAACGACCAAGCAGGGAGGAGGCGAAGCAGCUUUCAAUUGCUCAACAGCGAUACUGGGAUCUUAGCAACUCGCCCUUCCCUGGAUUCAAACACGCAUUUCAAACGCUCAGAAACGGUACCAAGCUGCAUUAUGUUGUGAGAGAUACGCCCUCCGGCAAGGGCAAGAAUGUCGCCAUCUUCAUCCAUGGAUUCCCCGACUCUUUCGGCCUCUGGAAAUCCAUCCUUGGGAAUCCCGCGCUCGCUGAUUACAUUCUGAUCGCCGUUGAUCUACCGGGCUAUGGAGGAAGCGACAGCUUGCCUGGAUACAGCCCGAAUGAGGUUCUGGAGACCAUGACGGGCUUCAUUCUCGCCAUGAGAGAGAAACACGUCCAGCAGGGAGCGAGGCUUGUCAUGGUGACACACGAUUGGGGAGCCAUAGUCGGCACUCGACUCGCAGCAGAGGCGAAGGAGCUCGCAGACCGAUGGAUCAUUACUUCUGCUGUUAUUCCCGCACAAGUAAAGUCCAACGUAACAACCCGCCUCGCCUCCUCCCAGCAAAUGCUCCGCACCUACCUCUCCAACCCGCUCAACACGCGCCUCCUGAAAGCCGCCUACGCGACCUCGCAGCCCAUCGUCUCCCAGCUCCGCCGCUCCUUCUACAUCUUCGUCUUCCUGACGCCCCGGCCCCUGACCCGCUGGUUCAUGCGCAUGGGCGACUUCUGGGCCACCCGCAACGUGCACAAGGUCGCCUUCGGCGUCAAGCUCAGCCAGCCCAUGACGCCCGCGCAGUCCGCGGAAGCCAUGGCGAUAACGGGGGGCCCGGGAGCUGAGCAAUUCUCCACGCAGACUGGCCCCGAGGACGGCGGCCAGACGUAUUCGGCGAGCGUGCGCGCCCGCGCAAACGACUUCGGCAUGUUCGAGAAGACGAGGCUGUACCGCGAGAAGCUGGGCCUCGGCGUCUGGGAGAAGAGCAUCGAGACCGUCGUCGCGCUCUCGGAGAUCCAGAGUUCUUCGUCGUCUUCGACUGGGGCGGGGAUCUUCGAGGACGGCCCCCAGGGUGCGUUGAAGGCGCCUGCCACGAUCGUGCAAGGAAAGUACGACACGGCGUUUGAGCACCGGCUCGGGCUCGACGGCAUUGGCGAUUACCUGACGAGGGGGAGCCAGGCGAUCGUGCUGGAUAGGACGGCCCAUUGGAUUCCGCAUGCCGGGUUUGGGGCUAGGGUGUUGGGCGACAUCGUGGCGUGGGCGAUGGAGGGGGAGAAGGUUGCGUUUAGGGAGAGGUUUGGGGGCGAGGGUGAAGUGCAGUUUGUUGUGGAUAAGUGAGGGGAUGGGUUACGAUGUGGGCUACGGUCUCCGAGGAUGCGUGAAGUACAGCUGUGAGUUAUGAACUGUUAAGUUGGCUUUAUGAGGCGGUCAAGACGGGAGAUUUAUGAUGACUUGCAUGUUAAGAUACCAUUACUCUUUCAAUCGUUUUAGCUGAAUCUUGAAAUACGUUUGAAAUUUGAGAAUUUGUGGGAAAGCAAUUGAGUGAUAGAGAUACUUCCUAUGUCGUUCAGUCGUCUUGGAUGAGUUCGAGAUAUACGUACG